GAGACGUGAUUGUCCUUCCGUCUAUCUUCUAUCGGCGAAGUAUCACAAUUCGCGCUGUCUCGAGGACACAGGCUGUGCGGAUAGCUCAGGAAAUAAAUCUUGGAAUUAAAAUAUCCAUUCUUUUUUUUUUCUUCUUUUCUUUAAAAAUAUCCGAACUGACAAGGACACUGUUAUCUCUGUGCAAGCGGGAGCAGCGGACGCUCCGCGUGAAUACAUCCCGGAAUGAUCCUCGUGGUUUCCUUAUCACCGAACGGGGCAGAAUAUGGAUUCUAAGCAUGAACGGUAAAACGGUUGAUUUCUUAAAAUAACAAUAUAAAAGACCGUCAUAUAUUUCAAGAAAUUGCUUGAAUGCGAAAGGAGUGCGAAUACUCUUUCUCCCUCUCAAGUGAAACCAUUACAGCUCAAGGAAGGGAGAUAAAUAUAUAUCUGGACCCUGUAGAGAUAAAUUUAAUUAUUAUAAGCGUUUCCCUUUUUCGAUGCGAUUUUUUAUCAAAUAGAAUUGGCCGACCCCGCGGUACUCGUGAGAUGGUUCAGUCCAGUGGUAGAAGCGGGGACUCGUUACGUUGGGAUUUUUCUCAGCGCCGACACAAAGUGAAUCUUCCUUUGAAAACCAUCUGAUAAGGUGCUCGCCGAACGCUUUGCCAUGAGAACCGUUUUGAGUUGCGACGGCACGGGAGGCAAACGGACGUCGUGCAGAUGCACGCGAAGCUGCGCGAGGAAACUUGAGGGACUGGGGCUUAUCGCACUAAUGAGGGCUGUGGGAGUACUAGCGCACUGUUGGAGCCGGUUUCUCUUCUUGUACGUGGGAUUGCUGGCUGCUUCGGCACAGGCCCAAAACUGCAGCUACACCCUGCGGGAACCCAACGGGACCAUAGAGAGCCCGGGAUAUCCCUACGGAUACCCCAACUAUGCCAACUGCACCUGGGUGGUGCCCGCGCCCGAACACGCACGUGUGCAGCUGCUGUUCCAGGGGUUCGCCCUGGAGGAGGACUUCGACAUCCUGUCCGUCUACGACGGUCCGCCCCGCCCCGGCAACCUGCUCGCCAGGCUGUCGGGGUUCCGGCUGCCUGCCCCCAUCGUGAGCACGGGGACGCACCUCACGCUCUGGUUCCUCUCUGACUACGCCGUCAGUGGCCAGGGCUUCAGGGUCUCAUACGAAGCGCUGCCCAGUUUCUCCUGUGGGGACCCAGGUCGCCUGCUGAACGGGGUGCAGCAGGGCUCCAGCUUCCGCAUGGGGGACCGCGUGCAUUUCGGCUGCAGCCCGGGGUACACCCUGGAGGGGCACGCCGUCCUCACCUGCCAGGCCACGCCCACUGGCACCGCCUCCUGGGACUUCCCCCUGCCCUACUGCCGAGCGGAUGAGGAGUGUGGCGGGACGCUGAGGGGUCAGGACGGGGUCAUCACCAGCCCAAACCACCCUCAGGAGUACAGCAACGAGGCGGACUGCACCUGGACCGUGCUGGCCGAGCCGGGGGAGAGCGUCUCCCUCUCCUUCUCACACUUCCAGCUGGAGGACGACUACGACCUGCUGGAGAUCAGGGGCACGGAGGGCCCCGCCCUGUGGCUCAGUGGCUCCAGCCUGCCUCCCCCCAUCAUCAGCAGUAAGAACUGGUUGAGGCUGCACUUCACAUCGGACGGGAAUAACAGGAAGUCAGGAUUCCGCGCGCAGUACCAAGUGAAGAAGAUGAAUGAGCUCAGGUCUCGAGGAGUGAAACUGCUGCCCAGCAGAGACAACCAUCAGAAGAUCUCUGUGUUGUCCCAGAUGAGCCUAGCUCAGGGGCACAACCUGUGCCCGGAUCCUGGAGUCCCGGAGAGGGGGAAGAGAAAAGGGGAGGAUUUCAGGAGAGGGGCAGCGGUGCAUUUCUCCUGUGAUGAGGGCUACGAGCUGCAGGGCUCUAAAAGCAUCACCUGCCUGCGCAUGAGCGACGGCUACACUGCCUGGAGCGAGGAGCGGCCCGUCUGCAGAGCACCCAUGUGUGGUGGACAGCUCCAGGGUCCUCGGGGAAUACUCACUUCUCCAAAUUUCCCCGUCCAGUACGACAACAACGCCAACUGCUCCUGGGUCAUCACAGCGACUGACCCCUUUAAGGUGAUUAAGCUGAUGUUCGAGGAGUUUGAGCUGGAGCGGGGCUACGACACGCUAACCGUGGGAGACGGAGGCUCUGUAGGAGAUCAGAAAACCAUAUUUCAUGUGUUGUCUGGCACCAGCACACCGGACCUGGUGGUCAGCACGGGACACCAGAUGUGGCUCAACUUCAGGACGGAUGACACCAGCGGGUCCCUGGGGUUCAAGCUGUCCUAUGAAGAAAUAGACCAGGGAAGCUGUGGAGACCCAGGGAUCCCCGCCUACGGCAAGCGCGAGGGGUCAAACUUCCAGCACGGAGACAAGCUGUAUUUCGAGUGCCUGCCUGCCUUUGAGCUGGUGGGGAAGAGGAACAUCACUUGUCAGAAAAACAACCAGUGGUCAGCCAAGAAGCCCAGCUGCGUGUUUUCCUGCUUCUUCAACUUCACGUCCCCGUCGGGCGUGCUGCUCUCGCCCAACUACCCGCAGGAUUAUGGGAACAGCGUGCACUGCGUCUGGCUGAUCAUCGCCUCGCCCGAGAGCCGGGUCAGCCUGGCCUUCAACGACCUCAGCAUCGAGAAGCAGUUCGACUACCUGUCCGUCAAGGACGGGGGCAAGGCCGAGGCGCCCGUCCUGGGCACCUUCUCCGGCGACGUCAUGCCCGCGCCCAUCACCACCAGCGGCCACGUCGCCCGGCUGGAGUUCAUGACCGACCACACCAACACCGGGCGCGGGUUCAACAUCAGCUUUACCACGUUUCGGCAUAACGAGUGCCCGGACCCGGGCGUGCCAGUCAACGCGCGGCGGUCGGGGGCGAGCCUGCAGCUGGGCAGCUGGGUGGGGUUCCAGUGCGAGGAGGGCUUCGUGAAGACCCACGGCUCCCUCAACAUGUCCUGCGUCCUGAAGGAGGGGAACGUGGUGUGGGACGGCACGGUGCCGCGGUGCGAGGCUCCCUGUGGAGGGUAUCUGAAGGGCUCCAGGGGGGUGAUCCUGUCCCCGGGCUGGCCCGAACUCUAUAAGGAGGCGCUCAACUGCGAGUGGGUCAUAGAGGCUCCACAGGGGAACCCCAUCAAGAUCAUCUUCGACAAGUUCCGGACGGAGGUGAACUACGAUGUCCUGGAGAUUCGGGACGGCCAGUUCCCCACGUCGCCCCUGAUUGGCAGCUACCAGGGGACCCAGGUCCCCCAGUUCCUCAUCAGCAGCUCUAACCUGCUCUACCUGCUCUUCUCCACCGACAAGAGCCACUCAGACACCGGCUUCAGGAUCCGCUACCAGACGAUUAAGCUGAAGUCGGGGCAGUGCAUAGACCCUGGGAUCCCUGUGAACGGGCAGAGGCACGAGAAUGAUUUUUUUGUGGGGGCGCGGGUCACCUUCAGCUGCGAGGCGGGGUACUCUCUCAGCGAUGACGCCCCCCUGGAGUGCGAGCCCAACUUCCAGUGGAACCGCCCCCUCCCCAGCUGUGACGCGCUCUGUGGAGGCUACAUUCAGGGUAACUCUGGGACCAUCCUGUCUCCUGGGUUUCCAGAUUACUACCCCCACAACCUGAACUGUACCUGGACCAUAGAGAUGUCCCAUGGGAAAGGUGUGCAGUUCACCUUCCACACUUUCCACCUGGAGAGUCCUCAUGACCAGCUGCUGGUGACGGAGAACGGGAGCUUCGCUCGGCCCCUGUGGAGCCUGACGGGGGCGUCUCUGCCCCCCCCACUCAACGCCGGCCUGUUCGGCAACUUCACCGCACAGAUCCGCUUCCUGUCCGACUUCUCUGUCUCCUACGAGGGCUUCAACAUCACCUUCACAGAUUAUGACCUGGAGCCGUGUGAGGACCCGGGGGUGCCCCCGUUCAGCAGCAGGAAGGGGGCGCAGUACGGAGUGGGGGACUCCCUGUCCUUCUCCUGCCUCCCGGGGUACAGGCUGGAGGGGUGGGGGCGCGUCACCUGCCUGGGGGGCCGCAGGAAGGUGUGGAGCGCCGCUCUGCCCAGGUGUGUGGCUGAGUGUGGGUCCUCGGUGACUGGCAGGCAGGGAGUGCUGCUCUCUCCUAACUACCCAGCGUACUACAGCAACAACCACGAGUGCGUCUACUCCAUCCGCACCCAGCCCGGGCACGGGGUGCACCUCAGAGCCCGGGACUUCCACCUGCAGCCAGGGGACCUGCUCAAGGUGUACGACGGCAGCAGUAAUGCAGACCGCUUGCUGGGUGUGUUCUCGGGGAGGGAGUUCCUGGGUGUGACUCUGAACAGCACAUCCAGCUCCAUGUGGCUGGAGUUCAUCAGCAACGCAGCAAACACCAGCAAGGGCUUCCAACUCCACUUCACCAGUUUUGAGCUGUUGAAGUGUGAGGACCCCGGGGUGCCCCUGUACGGGUAUAAGAAAGAGGAUCGGGGUCACUUUGCGGGCAGCAGGGUGUCGUACGGCUGUGAGUUGGGGUACACCCUGCGGGGCUCGGAGGAGCUGACCUGCCUGAGGGGGGAUCGCAGGGCCUGGAACAGCCCCCUCCCACAAUGUGUCGCGGAGUGUGGAGGCGAGGUUAAGGGCGAGUCGUCCGGGCGUCUUCUCUCUCCCGCGUACCCAGCGCCGUACGAACACAACCUCAACUGCGUCUGGACCGUACAGGCAGUACCUGGCAGCACUAUCGGGCUGCAUUUCCUGGUGUUCGAUACGGAGGAGGUGCACGACGUACUGCGGAUUUGGGACGGCCCCCAGGAUGGCGGGGUCCUGCUGCGGGAGCUGAGUGGCUCCGCCCUCCCCGCGGACAUCCAGAGCACCUUCAACACCGUCACCCUCCUCUUCACCUCCGACUUCUUCACCAGCAAGCAGGGAUUCGUACUGCAGUUCUCCAUCUCUGCAGCCACUUCCUGUAACGAUCCGGGCAUGCCCACUAACGGCACGCGCAGCGGGGACAGCCGAGAGCCGGGGGACCACAUGCUGUUCCUGUGUGAUCCCGGGUACAUCCUGCAGGGGGAGCCCAGGAUCACCUGCACAGAGAUCAAUGGCCGCUACUUCUGGCAACCCAGCCCUCCUACCUGCACAGCUCCCUGCGGGGGGAACCUCACAGGCCCUGGGGGCCUCAUCCUGUCCCCGGAGUACCCGGAGCUCUACCCCCACGGCCAGGAGUGCGACUGGACGGUCACCGUGUCACCUGACCACAUCAUCGCCCUCACCUUCAUCCAGUUCAGCCUGGAGACCAGCUAUGACUUCCUGCACAUCUACGACGGGCCCGACUCGCUGAGCCCCCUGCUGGGCAGCUUCUACGGCAGCGAGGCGCCCGAGCACAUCGAGAGCAGCUCCAACACGCUCUUCCUCGCCUUCCGCAGCGACGCCUCCCUCAGCAGCAAUGGCUUUGUGCUGCAGUACACAGAGAACCCCAGGGAGUCGUGUUUCGAACCCGGGCAGGUGAGGAACGGAACGCGUCACGGUAACGACCUGAAGUUGGGCACCACGGUCACCUUCUCCUGCGACAGCGGCUACGUGAUCGAAGGAGAUUCCACUCUCACCUGCAUUAUGGGGGUCGAUGGCAAGCCCAACUGGAACAUGCCACCCCCCACCUGCACAGCUCCUUGUGGUGGGCAGUACUCUGGACUGGAGGGUGCAGUGUUAUCGCCGGGUUACCCUGGCAACUAUAGCAGCGGGAAGAGCUGCUUGUACUCUGUGACUGUGCCAAGGGAUUAUGUGGUGUUCGGCCAGUUCGCCUUCUUCCAGACGGCGCUGAACGACGUGGUGGAGGUGUACGAUGGCGCCACUCAGCAUGCCCGAAUCCUGAGCUCGCUGUCCGGUGCCCACACAGGCGAGGCUCUGCCCCUGGCCACCUCCCACCAGAUCCUGGUGCGCUUCCUGUCCAGAGGGAAGGCUACUGCCCGAGGGUUUCACCUGGUCUACCAAGCAGUGCCCAGGACGAGCGGGACGCAGUGCAGCUCGGUGCCGGAGCCUCGAAACGGCAGGCGGGUGGGCAGCAGCUUCUCUGUGGGGGCGCUGGUGCGCUUCCAGUGCAGUCCCGGCUACAUCCUGCAGGGGGCAUCAGCCAUACAGUGCGAGACGGUGCCCAACGCGCUGGCCCAGUGGAACAGCACUGUGCCCAGCUGCAUCGUUCCCUGUGGGGGGAAUCUGACCCAGCGGACUGGGACUAUUCUUUCUCCUGGUUAUCCCGAGCCGUACCUGAACAGCCUCAACUGUGUGUGGAAAAUCACUGUUCCGGAAGGUUCUGGAAUUCAGAUCCAGGUCAGAAGCUUUGUAACAGAGCAUAACUGGGACUCUUUGGAGGUGUUUGAUGGAGGUGAUAACACAGACACUCUCCUGGGCAGCUUCUCUGGUACCACCGUUCCCGCCCUGCUGAACAGCACGUCCAACCAGCUGUACCUGCACUUCUUCUCUGACAUCAGCGUCUCAGCGGCAGGCUUUCAGCUGGAGUACAAGACCGUGUCCCUCUCCAGCUGUGCGGAGCCGGUGGUGCCCAUGAACGGGCUGAAGGUGGGGGAGCGGCUGCAGAUGAACAGCGUGGUGUCCUUCCAGUGUGAGCCAGGGUACACCCUGCAGGGACACGCCCACAUCUCCUGCAUGCCGGGACCCGUCAGGCGCUGGAACUUUCCGCCCCCCCUCUGCAUUGCCGAAUGUGGGGGAACUCGGGAGGAGAUGGAGGGAUGGAUACUGAGUCCUGGUUUCCCAGGAAACUAUCCUAGCAACAGUGACUGCAGCUGGAGCAUCUUCCUGCCCGUGGGACACGGCGCCCACCUCCACUUCCUCAACUUCUCCACCGAGGCGAACCACGACUUCCUGGAGAUCCGCAACGGCCCCUUUGAGACCAGCUCUGUGAUUGGCCGCUUCAGCGGGCAGGAAGUCCCCGCCUCCCUGCUCACCACUUCCCACGAGACCACGGUGUACUUUCACAGCGACCACUCCCAGAACCGACCCGGCUUCCGGUUCCGAUACCGGGCCUAUGAGCUGCAGGAAUGCCCGGACCCAGAGCCGUUUGGGCACGGGGUGGUGGUGGGUUCUGGGUACAACGUGGGCCAGUCCAUCUCCUUCCAGUGCCACCCUGGGUACACGCUCACCGGCCACGCCCUCCUCACCUGCCAGCAUGGGACCACCCGCAGCUGGGACCACCCCUUCCCCAGGUGUGAAGCGACCUGCGGGGGCAACGUCACCUCGGACCAGGGGGUCAUUCUCUCCCCGGGCUUCCCUGAGGACUACCCCAGCCCGGCCGACUGCACCUGGCUGGUCACCGUGACAACGGGCAUGGGGGUGCGGCUCAAUGUCACCGUGCUCCAGGUGCAUGGACCCCAUGAUGUCAUCACGGUGUGGGAUGGAGCUCAGCAGACGGCCCGCAGGCUGGCUGUGUUCCCUGGGGGGGAGCUGGGGGCCACGCCCAGCAGCACCUCCAAUCAGGUCCUCAUUCGUUUCCGUAGCGACACAGAGAGGGGCGGGUUCUUCAGGAUCUCCUAUCAGGCCUACAGGCUGCAGUACUGCCUGCCCCCUCCCGCCGUCCCCAAUGCUGAGCUCACUCUGGGCAGCCAGGACUUCAGGAUGGGGGACAUGGUGCGGUACCAGUGCCUGCCUGGGUACCAGCUCACCGGCAACAACAUCCUCACCUGCAGGCUGGGUACUCACCUAGAGUUCCAGGGCCCGCCUCCUUCCUGUGAGGUGCCGUGCCCGGCCGGUGAGGUUCUGACGGACUCCGCAGGGCUGAUCCUGAGCCAGCCCCCAGCCCUGGCCUCCGCCCAGUUCCACACCUGCUCCUGGCUCCUGCAGGUGGAGCUGGGCUACAACGUGUCCCUGGACGUCCAGCUGUUUCAGACCAGCCACCAGGUGGACGAGAUGGAGAUCUUCGACGGCCCCUCCCGCCAGAGCCCGCUGCUCGCCACGCUGAGCGGGAACUACUCCGCCCCCCUCAGCGUCACCAGCUCCUCCAAUAGCGUCCUCCUGCACUGGACCUCAGACCACGCCUCCGGCCACAAGGCCUUCCGGAUUCGCUACUCAGCGGCGUACUGCAGCCCCCCCGCGCCCCCCAACAAUGGUUCGGUCCACAGCGUGACGGGCAGCGCUCCCGGCAGCACCCUGCAGUUCAGCUGCGACCCAGGCUUCCACCUGAUUGGACAGAGCAGCGCCACCUGCAGCCACACCCCCCAGGGCCUGUACCAAUGGAGCGCCCCAACACCUCUCUGUCAGGUGGUGUCCUGCGGCAUGCCCUUGGCUCCGGAGAAUGGUACGGUCUUUGGCCAGGACUACACCUGUGGCUCCACAGCCUUCUACCGCUGCAACCCAGGCUUCCGAUUGGCUGACGGCCACGCUCCGUCCAUCGUCUGCGAGGAAACUGGGAGGUGGAGCCCCAGCGAUGCCCCGCCCCCCUGCACAGUGGUGACCUGCCCUGACAUUGGCCUGUCCUCAGUGCACCAUGGGAGAUGGAGGCUGAUCUACGGCACCCACAAUCAGUUCAACGCGGCGAUGAUGCUGACCUGUGACCCCGGAUACUACUACAGGGGUCAGAGGGUCAUUCGUUGCCAAGCCAACGGGACAUGGGAUUACCCCAACCCUAGACCUUCCUGUAGCAUUAUUUCCUGUGGGACUCUGGGAAUUCCAGCCAAUGGGAAUAAGAUUGGAACCCUGACGGUGUAUGGAGCCACUGCCAUCUUCUCAUGCAAUACCGGCUACACUCUGGUGGGGGCGCAGGUGCGAGAGUGCCUGUCCAACGGCCUGUGGAGUGGAACGCCAGCUCGAUGCCUGGUGGGACACUGUGGUCCUCCUGAGCCCCUGGUUAAUGGGCAGGUGGUGGGGGAGAACUAUAACUACCGGGGCAGUGUGGUGUACCAGUGCAGCCCCGGCUUCCGGCUGAUCGGUGUGUCCGUGCGCAUCUGUGAGCAGCAGCACCGCUGGUCUGGCAGACCCCCCGUGUGUGUCCCCAUUACCUGUGGUCACCCGGGCAACCCCACUAAUGGCAUGACCCAUGGCGCCAAGUUCAACCUCAACGACAUUGUUCAGUUUGUGUGCAACACCGGAUACAGCCUAGAGGGGGCGCUCACAUCCCACUGCCAGCCCAACGGCCAAUGGAGCAACUCUCUACCGACCUGUAAAACUGUGAGCUGCGCAGACCCUGGGUAUGUGGAGAACAGCGCUCGGCAGGUCCUCCCCAGCGGCCCGCUGCGUUUCAGCUUCCAGGCUGCGGUGUCCUACACCUGCAGCCCCGGCUACUACCUGCUGGGCACCGCCUCCCUGUCCUGCCAGGGGGACGGAACCUGGGACCGCUCCAAACCCAAAUGCCUCCUGGUGCUGUGUGACCAGCCCGGGGUUCCGCCCCAUGGGCAGGUUUCUGGGGACGGACGCACGGUGGGCUCUGUGGUCCGGUACAGCUGCGCGGCCCAGCAUGCCCUCAUAGGGAACGCCACCCGCAUGUGCCAGCUGAACGGGCACUGGAGCGGGUCUGUGCCCCACUGCUCUGGAGACUCAGGGGGUGCGUGUGGAGAUCCGGGGGUCCCGGUGCGGGGGAUUCGGUUGGGGGAGGAGUUUUCCGUGGGGAGCACACUGAGGUUCAGCUGUGAGCCGGGGUACUUCCUCAGGGGCGCCCCCGAGCGCACCUGUCACCCCAACGGCACGUGGGGGGGCACCCAGCCCGAGUGCCACGUUCUGUCCUGCGGCAAUCCUGGAACUCCCCGGAAUGCCAGGAUCUUGCUCCAUGACGAGCCGGUCUUCUCCCGCUCCAUCACCUACGCCUGCCGGGAGGGGUACUACUCCUCCGCCCUGCUCACCCGCCACUGCACCGUCAACGGCACCUGGACCGGGAGCAUGCCCGAGUGCACAGUGAUAAACUGUGGAGACCCCGGGGUUCCCGCCAACGGUAUGAGGUUUGGGAACGACUUCACCUUCGACCACAGCGUGAGGUUCCAGUGCGCCCCCGGAUUCAGCAUGGAGGGGGACCCCGCGUCCAGCCUGGUCUGCACCAAGGACCGCACCUGGAACGGGACCAGGCCCGUCUGCAGAGCCAUCAUGUGCGGUUCGCCCCCCAGCAUCCCGAACGGGCGGGUGGUGGGCUCCGAGUUCCAGUGGGGCAGCAGCGUGGCGUACGCCUGUGUGGAGGGAUACCAGCUCUCCCUGCCCGCCUCGCUCACCUGCCAGGGCACGGGCCAGUGGAGCGGGGAGCGGCCGCAGUGCUUCCCUGUGUUCUGUGGAGAUCCAGGGGUCCCCGCUGAGGGGCGCAGGGACGAUCGGGGGUUCACCUACCUGUCCUCGGCGGUGUUCUCCUGCUUCCCGCCGCUGGUGCUGGUGGGCUCGGCGCGGCGGUACUGCCAGGCGGAUGGGACGUGGAGCGGGACGCAGCCCUCCUGCAUAGACCCCACCCACACCAGCUGCGCCGACCCAGGGGCGCCUCUGUUCGGACAUGUCAACAACUCUCAGGGCUACCAGAUCGGCAGCACGCUCUUCUUCAGCUGUAGGAAGGGCUACCUGCUUCAGGGCUCCAUCUCCCGCACCUGCCUGCCCAACCUCACCUGGAGCGCCACCCAGCCAGAGUGUGUGGCGCACCACUGCAGUCAGCCGGACCUGCCCCCCCAUGCUGACGUUAGCGCUAUCGAGCUGCCCUCGGUGGGCUACACCUUCAUCUACACCUGCCAGCCAGGCUUCUACCUGACCGGCGGCUCGGAGCACAGAACCUGCCGGUCCGAUGGGAGCUGGACAGGAAAAGCCCCGCUCUGCACAGCUGAUAACAGACCGAGUGGUACUACCUUUGGAACGAUUCAAGAGUCACCCGAUCCUAAACUCCCAGUGCCUGUGGGUGUGUUUGCGAAACACUCGCAGUGGAAGGGUUCGUAUGAGUACCUGGGGAAGAAGCAGCCGGCCAUGCUGACUGUGACGCUCUUCGAUCCCGUCAGUAACCAUGUCAACUGCACUCUGACGGACCACAGCGGCGUGGAGCUCAAGCUGUCCGGGGUCUACAGGAGUGAAGAGUCUCACUUGCUGCUCCAGGUGCAUCAGAUCCGGGGCCCUGUGGAGAUCUUUGUGCACAAGUUCAAGAGCGAGAACUGGGCUUUGGAUGGACACGUGUCUUAUGUGGGUUCCACUGGCUCCUUCGUCUACCAGGGAUUUGUACGGGGUAAAGGCUUUGGGCAGUUUGGCCUUCAGAGAAUCGAGGCAGAGAGCUCUGUUCAGGACAGGGAGGUUCUGAGCUACAGUUUCAACUUCAGCAGCAGCUCAGUGGCAGCUGCCAUCCUAGUGCCUUUCAUCGCCACCAUCAUCGCAGGGUUCGCCCUGUACCUCUACAAACACAGGAGAAGACCCAAAGUCCCCUUCAACGGCUACGCGGGACACGAGAACACCAACGGGAGGGCCACCUUUGAGAACCCCAUGUACGACCGCAACAUCCACAACAUCCCCCCCACCGACGUGGUGCCCGGGGAGGCGGACUUUACCGUCAGCACCGUCUGCACCGCAGUGUAGCUCCUAAACCCCCCCACCCCCCCCAGGUUCCUGUCUGUCCUCGUCAGGGUUCCUGAGGCGAAGGCUGCUCUUUCGUGUCACAUGUCUUCAUCCCGAAUUCCGCCCCAGAAUUCUGUGUGCCCAGCUUUGAGGGGGGUGGAGCCACCAGUGGUGUAUUGCUGGGAGACAAUGUGAGGAAAAGGAGUGAUGAAGAAUCUAAAAGGAGCAGCUCAGAGAACGGCAGAAAGAACUGAGAAACAGAACUGCUCCUGAGAUCCAGACCUGUUCCUGAGAACCAGACCUGUUCCUGAGAACUGGACCUGUUCCUGAGAACCGGACCUGUUCCUGAGAACUGGACCUGUUCCUGAGAACCGGACCUGUUCCUGAGAACCAGACCUGCUCCUGAGAACCGGACCUGCUCCUGAGAACCGGACCUGUUCCUGAGAACCAGACCUGCUCCUGAGAACCGGACCUGCUCCUGAGAGCCACACCUUCUCCUGAGAGCCAGACCUGCUCCUGAGAACCAGACCCCUGUUCCUGAGAAGCAGACCCCUGUUCCUGAGAACUGGACCUGUUCCUGAGAACCAGACCCCUGUUCCUGAGAACCAGACCUGCUCCAGAGAACCAGACCUGCUCCUGAGAACCAGACCUGCUCCUGAGAACCAGACCUGCUCCUGAGAACUGGACCUGUUCUGAGCUGAGCUGCUCCUGGGCUCUGCAUGAUACAGUUUAUUGUUUAUAACCAAAAGCUAAAGAGGGGUUCUUCUAACAGUCUGCAGGUUCUCCCACAUCACAACACCCCCCCGCCCCCCCCCAGCCACACCCCCACAGUGUUGCCCUGGCUGCAGACGCAGCUGUGCACCAGACAUUAAGGCCCCACCAGACAUGCAGGUCUGCAGAGAAGGUUCUGAGCCCACAGGGGGGCCCUGCGCUGCCCCCGAUGGCCACGUGCCGGUGGUGCGGCUGCACCGCGCUGCUGAUCCUGGAUAAUUGAUAUUGAUUUCUCAGAAGCUAUCACCUGAGGCUCCAGCAGGCUCUCCUGAGAGGACUUUAACCUGAUUGGGGUUUUGAGACAGACUGUACUGAGGGGGCGGGACUGCUCUCUGCUCCCACUCCCAACCUGAAGGAACGGCUGCAAUUACCUGCCAAGAAUGUAAACCAAAGACAGGGGCUCCAAAUGAAAUGGAGUUCUCCUGGGAAAUCAGCAAAGUGGGAAAUGUACGGCAGGAUGAUGGUAUUUCAGUGUGUGUGUGUGUGUGUGUGUCUGGGUGCGUGUGUGUCUGUGUGUGCGUGCGCGCAUGUGCACGCACGCUAGUUUAUACUGAAAAUGAGACAUUGUAACUUCCUUGGAACGGCUAUGAAUCACCACCAUUGCGGGCAUAUCAUUUUUCAUUAUGACAUCAUAAUGGCAGUGACAUCACAAUCAUCAUCUGAUGGCUUUUCCUCCAGCAGUGUGGGAUAGGCAGAGUGUAGAGAGUGGUGCUGUUACAUAAUUCACCUGCUUAAUGUUUGCCUCUAUUCAAUCAAGGCUUUCCCGGCAAUGUUUCUCCUGGGGUUCAAACUUGCAAGCUCAGCUGUGCCACACUGCCUGAGCUGAGCUUGCUGCUCUGCCCCUGGGCCUCUGGCUCCCCCUUGAGGGCAGUGAUGGAGGCUGCUGAUGUCACAGACUCCACCCUCUUCCCUACAAUUUAAUCCUGGAUUAGUUGACUUUACCAGAAAAACCAGUUGCCUUAAAACAUUGUGCUUUUACAUUUAGUGAGACAUAACUGGUUAAGAAGUGUGUACUUGUGGUCUAAAGUGAAGUUCAAUACCCUGAACAUUAGUGAACACUACCGAAAACCAUUAGUUCACAUAAAUCAGUCCUUAUCUCCUGCCACAACACUGGGACACUGCCCUGCCCUGCUCGUGGAGCCCAGAGCUCCUCGUCUGACAGCAGGGGUCUGGCGCGGCUGGAGCCCGGGGUCCUCAGGGGCGGAGGCAGCUGCACCAGCCGCUGCGUUAAAGCUGGAUUCUCCAUUAGCUGAGCUGCUAGCCUGCCACUCGGGUGGACCGCAGUGCUGCAAUAUUCUUUUCAAAAACUCAGACGUCUACAAAAAUUGAUUAUUAAUUUCACCUUCAACUGGCUGUGUCAGCAAAAAAAAGAUAAAAAAUCCUUAGUGCAAGCGGAUUGGUCCGUUUUUGCACUAAUGGACCAUUACUGUAAUUUGGAUUUGGAUAGCAGUAAAUGAUGAUUGCUGAAAUAUUUCAUCAGCCAUUAAAAAUUCACACAAAACCUACAGAAAAUCUACAGCAACAUGCUGUAUACUGCACUAAUGGCAAAGUACUGUUCACAGUACUGUAAUAUUGCUGAUAAUACAAGUUUAAUUCCUACUAGUGCAUUUAUUGCCCACCAUUAACCGUCUGUCUGUUCUGUUAGUGGUGACACCUUACGCACCAGUCAUGAGCCAGUACCCAGUGUUGUUGGGCAGAAUUUAGAAAUUUAGGUUCCCCCGCCCUGCGGAAACUUAUUAUAUCGAGUAAUCACUGCCUAACGUAAUUACUAGACUGAAUAUUUCACCUGAAUAUUGCAGACAGCUUAAUUUGAUUUAGUUAUGGGAACAAUGUCCUCUGAAGCAUAAAAGAAUAAGUAAUAACCAGCUAAUUGUUUAAUUAAAGACAGAAUCCGGGCUAACAGUGUACCCUCACGUAGCGUGCUGGAGCUCAGAGCAGGCCUGGAUAGGCCUGAAGCCUACGCGCGUCAGAACAUCACCCACACACACACAUACACUCACACACACGCACACACACACAUACACUCA